GGAGCCGCCUCCACCGUGCGGCCCGCGACGGAGAGGGAGUUGGCGCCGGCCGGGAGGCAUGGCGGGUCGCCGGGCGCCGGGGGAGAAGCGCUGGCAGCUGGUGCGCUGGUAUGUGCAGGAAGGGCGGUUCCGAAUUGAGGAGAGGACACUGACAGCCUUCCAAUGGCUCUACAGCCCCCAGCAGCAUCGCAUCCUCAGCCGUGCUGACCUUGAGUAUCCCUCCAGGAUCGACAAGACCAUGCUGGCGAGCCUGAAGGUCAAGAAGCAGGAGCUGGCCAACAGCUCGGAUGUGACCCUCCCAGACCGGCCGCUGUCCCCUCCUCUCACUGCGCCUCCCACCAUGAAGUCAGCGGAGUUCUUUGAGAUGCUGGAGAAAAUGCAGGGGAUCAAGCUUGAAGAGCAGAAGCCGGGACCCCAGAAGAACAAGGACGACUACAUUCCGUACCCCAGCAUCGACGAGGUGGUGGAGAAGGGAGGCCCAUACCCCCUGAUCGUCCUGCCCCAGUUUGGGGGCUAUUGGAUCGAGGACCCUGAGAACGUGAGCACGCCGACCUCCCUGGGCAGCAGCAUCUGUGAGGAGGAGGAAGAGGACAACCUCAGCCCCAGCACGUUUGGCUACAAGCUCGAGUGCAAGGGUGAAGCCAGGGCCUACCGCAGGCACUUCCUGGGGAAGGAUCAUUUAAACUUCUACUGUACCGGCAGCAGUUUGGGGAACUUGCUCCUGUCCAUCAAGUGUGAGGAGGCGGAUGGUAUUGAGUACCUUCGGAUCAUUCUCAGGUCCAAAGUGAAGACAGUACAUGAGCGGAUCCCCUUGGCCGGACUGAGCAAGUUGCCCAGCGUCCCUCAGAUUGCAAAGGCUUUCUGUGAUGACGCAGUGGGGCUGAAAUUCAACCCUGUCCUGUACCCCAAGGCCUCCCAAAUGAUCGUGUCCUACGAUGAGCAUGACGUCAACAACACAUUCAAAUUUGGGGUCAUUUAUCAAAAAGCCAGGCAGACCCUGGAGGAAGAGCUGUUUGGGAACAGUGAGGAGAGCCCAGCUUUCAAGGAGUUCUUAGAUCUGCUGGGAGACACCAUCACGCUGCAGGACUUCAAAGGUUUCCGAGGAGGCCUGGAUGUGACCCAUGGACAGACGGGGGUGGAAUCAGUGUACACGAUAUUCCGGGACAGGGAGAUCAUGUUUCACGUCUCCACAAAGCUGCCGUUUACCGAGGGAGACACCCAGCAGCUCCAGAGAAAGAGACACAUUGGGAAUGACAUCGUGGCCAUCAUCUUCCAAGAAGAAAACACACCGUUUGUCCCAGAUAUGAUUGCCUCCAACUUCUUACAUGCCUACAUUGUCGUGCAGGCUGAGAACCCGGGCACGGAGACCGCAUCCUACAAGGUCGCAGUCACCGCACGGGAAGACGUGCCUGCCUUCGGCCCACCUCUGCCCAGCCCCCCUGUUUUCCAGAAGGGCCCGGAGUUCAGGGAGUUUCUCCUCACCAAGCUCACCAAUGCAGAGAAUGCUUGCUGCAAGUCAGACAAGUUUGCAAAGCUGGAGGACCGGACGAGGGCCGCCCUCCUGGACAACCUUCAUGAUGAACUCCACGCCCACACUCAGGCCAUGCUGGGACUGGGCCCAGAAGAGGACAAGUUUGAGAAUGGGGGCCAUGGGGGAUUCCUGGAGUCUUUUAAGAGGGCCAUCCGUGUGCGCAGCCACUCCAUGGAGACCAUGGUGGGCAGCCAGAAGAAGCAGCAUGGCGGGGGCAUCCCCGGCAGCCUCAGCGGGGGCAUCUCCCAUAACAGCGCGGAGGUCACCAAGACUACCUUCUCGCCUCCGGUGGCAGUGGCAACAGCGAAGAACCAGUCACGGAGCCCCAUCAAGCGGAGGUCGGGGCUCUUCCCCCGUCUGCACACGGGCUCUGAAGGCCAAGGGGACAGCCGGACACGAUGCGACAGUGCAUCCAGCAACCCGAAGACCCCAGAGGGCGGACACUCUUCUCAGGAGAUAAAGUCCGAGACCUCAUCCAAUCCCAGCUCUCCGGAAAUCUGCCCCAGCAAGGAGAAGCCCUUCAUAAAGCUGAAGGAGAAUGGCCGAGCCAACAUCUCCCGCUCCUCCUCCAGCACAAGCAGCUUCAGCAGCACGGCAGGGGAGGGCGAGGUCAUGGAGGAGUGUGACAGUGGGAGCAGCCAGCCGUCCACAACCUCCCCCUUCAAGCAGGAGGUGUUUGUCUACAGCCCGUCCCCAAGCAGCGAGAGCCCCAGCCUGGCGGCAGCCACCGCCCCCAUCAUCAUGAGCCGGAGUCCGACAGACGUCAAAAGCAGAAACUCCCCGAGGUCAAACCUGAAAUUCCGCUUUGAUAAGCUCAGCCAUGCCAGCUCCAGUGCGGGUCACUAAUGUGAAAGAGGAGUCCUUCGCUUGUCAAAGGGAAGCCCGAUUCUGUCUUGGAGAAGGCUCCUAUUCCAGCAGUUUGGGGGUGCCGUCCACUACUCUGACCGUCACAGGCCUGCUUCUGCACUGGUCACCUGCCCACCAGACCAGCUGUCUGUCCCAGUGUCCUGACCUGGCCACAGCCUUGCCCAUCCCUGCCAGCACCUCCCCCUCUCUGGACAAGGCCUCAUUCCUCCAGGCUCCCCCUGCUCCUGACCGCCUGAUGUGAUGUGUGUCUGGGUCUUUUGUCAUCUUGUUCUGUCUGCAGGGGAGCGAGUUGGGCAAGGGGGGAUCUGGGUACCGGUCAGAGUCCAGAGAAGUAGAGAGAGUGGUGAGGUGGGCAGCAGAGACUGACAGCAGGAUGCUGCGCCCAGGCAGGGGCAGCGCCGUGUCCUGGACACGGCAGGAAGGAGGCUGUAGCCACAGCAAAUGCAUUUAGUGGUGGUGGAGGGACCAUUUUUCCAGGAACCCAGAUUUGUAGCCAUCCUCGAAGGUGUCCUGAUAGAAGUCGGUUCUGCCGCUCCCACAUGUCUGGAGAUCCCAAACUUCUAUUUGCUUCUGUGCUGGGAGUUUCUUAUCCAUCUGCUGACAUCAGGCCCAGGUUGCCUCUGUCCCUGCUGCCUGUGUAUCUUGAGCCACGAGGCCGGUUGAAGCUGAGACCCAGCUGGGGGUGUGCGGGAGCGGGUGCCGGGUUCUUCCUGGACGUCCUCAUUUCCCACAGGCUCCUGAUGUGGUGGCAGUGGGAGAAGCCAUCAGUCUCUCCCCUCUGAGCAGACUCUUUUCCCUUGAAGGGGUGGGCAACGGGAGCGGGAAGGCCUUCAGGGAGAGCCAGCAGCAAGUCCCGGGCACUUGGCCAAGGAAAACCUCAAGGCCCAGGGCUACGCCGGGAUCCAGGUCUCUGCUGGUGGUGGAGGUUCGUGGGAGGCGUAGAGAGUUACUUCAGCCCACCCACUUAGGCGGGAGCCCGAGAGAGGGGUAGGUGGGCCCCCUAAGAAACAGACCUGAGAAGUGGCCUCUACCCUCUGUUUGCUAAUGGGGGUGCUCUGGGCAGGAUCUGAAAUGUGAGGGACAACUGGUCAGGUUGGUUGGGCCAUGUGUGGGUGUAGAUCUUAGGUGUGGGAAGGGGUGGUGUCCUUCUGCAGUUUAUGUGCCUGGCCUCUGCGGGGGCCCAGUGCUCUGGGGGGCUCUUUCCGGCUACCAAGCCCUUUGGUCCUAGCAGGGCUUGAUCCCUCCACCACACUACCCCUAAGUCCUCCUCUUCCCCUCUGCAGCCACAAGAAGCCUGUAGGCAUUUGUCACAUCGGUGGGAUUCCUGCAACCUGGGUCCCAGCUGGGUGCAGUUCAGACACUGCCUGUCACCUGCACCCUCAGCCAGAGCCACCUUUGCUGGGCUGAGCCAGCUCGCUCUCUGAGAAGCGGCCCCUCCUCCCUUCUCACCCAUCUGAGUCUGCAGUGCGGCAGGUCAUUUCUGCUGACUGGCCGUGGUGGGGUUUAAGGCGAGGUAUCCUCCAAGUUAAACAGAGUCUGAAGAGCAGACCCUUGAGGUGCUACAGCUCCAAGUGUGCAUGGGGCCUUAGUGACUCGGGGCUGCCAGGGUGACACAGGCUGGGCACCUGCUUUAUUGAGCAGAGGACAAGGAUUUCCAACCAAAUGCUUUAUUUGCAUUGGGAUCUGGGCCUAUUCCCAAGGCAAGACAUAUAAAUGUUACACUUGUUUUUGACUGAUGUGACAAUUUCCCUGUUGCUUUUGCUUUUAGAGCAAAACCUUGAUCCUUCAUCCCCAACUCACGUGGACUUUGUGGGAUCCUAUUUACAGGCUGGGUGGACCUCUUCCCUCAUGCUAGAAAUGUGUUUACUUAAAGUACUAGUCCGGUAAGAUUUAUUCUAGUUAGAAGGUCAACAAAUGUCUGUUUAGCUUUUAUUAAAAAUCCCUGUAGCGGCACCCACUGCUAGGCCUGCGGAUUCUGGCAGCGUUCUGUUGGCUGGGUUUCUGAAGGAACUUGAAAGGUCAAACUGUAUUUCUUUAAAAACUGUUCCAGGUUCUGGCUCGCUUCUCUGGGUAGCUGGUAUUUACAGCUGCCUGGUGGUUGAGCUGUGCUGUGUUUGUCGUGGUCUGGGGGUGCUCUGGGGUUUUCAGGUUGUCUCCAUUCUGUCCUGCUUGAGAACCUUACGGCCACCUUCCCCCACUGCUCUGUCUGCUCUCCCUGCAGGCCCCACCUCCUGGGAGGGCUUUGCCCCCUGCCUCUGAGCCAGUGGCCAGGAUGGCUGGGUGUGUCCAGAGAGACUGAGAGGCGUAGGUGGGCCCCCUAAGAAACAGACCUGAGAAGUGGCCUCUACCCUCUGUUUGCUAAUGGGGAUGCUCUGGGCAGGAUCUGAAAUGUCCCUCCCUCUGGGUCCUGCCUCACCACAUCUAGAAAGUUCAUUCUGGUCAUUCUGGCUUCCGGACCAGCCCCCGUGAAGUCCCAGGGCUGAGGGGGAGGGGGAGAACAAGGACAGGACAGUCUCCCUUUGCCCCUCUGGACCAUGGGACAGGCAGCUUGGGUUCCUGGAGGCUGCUUUUCCAUCCCCCUCUUGCAUCUGCUUUGCUCCAAAAUGUCUUUCCUUUUAUUGCCCCAUCCAGUCUUGGGGCUCAAAGGUUGCUCAGGCCUCAUCAGACCUUGUGACUAGACUCAUCCUGAUGGUGCUCUUGCUGGUAUUUGAGGUGUCCCAUAGGAGAAGUGUUUCCUGGACGUAUCUCUGGCUCUGGGACCUGCCUGACUCACGGAAGAAACUAUACUUUUCAGGCUCUGUCGGGCAUCCAUAUGCCUCUGCUGAGUUGAUGCUUAAAAACAGAUGCAGAAAGAGCUAGAGAGAGAAGGUCUCAGCUAGAGUUUCUGUCUGUGCUAACGAACGGAAAUGGUGUUCUGGGAAAAAUACUCUGUGGUUCAGCCUUGUCAGCUUCAUCUCCAUGUCCAAGCCUUCCGGGCCCCUUCUUAGCAUCUAAUCCGACCGUGUCACCUUCCAGUUGAGAAACUUCAGCUCCAGUGAAGGGAAAACAACUUGCUUGAGGUCACAUAGCCAGCUGGUGACAAAGCUGGGAUGAGAACCCACAACCAGGGCCCUUUCUUUGGCACCACCUAUGGGGUUGGUGGAACAAGUGACUGCAUUUACUGCAUUUGGAGAAGCCAGUAAGCGGGUGCCUCGGCACUGGCUGGGAGGUGUCAGCAGCCAAGGGUGCUGGUGGACCUCAGUCUCUGUUCUUUUCAUCAGGGGGGAUGUUCCCUGGGAUUUUUUAGUGAGAGCCGUGCGGUUUUGGCUGCGGCUUCGGCAAAGAAAACAAAGAGGGAAAGAGAUUCCCAGGGACUGUUCCUCGGUGACAUCAGUUCUUCAACCCUUGUCUGUAAUGGGGGUGGAGACCAGGGGAGAGAUGCAGUUAACCAAACCUCGCUUUCCCCUUUUUAAGUUAAGGAGAAAAGUGGUAAAAGAAAACUCUUUGACUCUCCCUGAUCCUUAAACAAAGGUGGUCAAUAAAAACCUAGGCUCAAGGGACGAGAGCCGGUUUCAUGUUCCUACCCUAACUGUUUAAGGUGCCAACUCAAACACUACCUUCAUUCAAUUCUGAGUCAACAGAGACAGGUCUGUUGCGGGGGAAUGAUCAGGGUUCAAGUAGAUCUUAUGGCUACCCGUGGCUGGCAGGGACCCCACAGGUCCUCCCCCAGACACCAGGUGCCCAUCUCUCAGAGGCAGGGUGAGUCAGCAGUUUGCCAGGGCUGUCCCUGCAGCCUGGGGGCCCGGCUGGGACAUUUUGCUAGCCUCUGAUGGCUGUUUUACCACCAGUUCCUUACCCACUGCCAUCCCACAGCUCCCUCCUUUCAGCUUUGGGAGAAAACCCCCACUAAGGCCAAGGACAGAAGAGCCCUGCCUGGUGAGAGACUCCUGGGGGCAGGGGCACUGUCCUGUGCCUUAUCAGCCCCAGGGGGAGGGUGUUUGGCUGGAAGACUGGAAUUUAAAUGCCGUCGUUUCUGAUUUUGUGACAUUUCUGCUUGGAAGUGUCAAUCCCCCCUUCCCGCUCCUUAGCAUGUGUGCCAGCUCUCCCCUGUCCUGGGCAUUGCCUUUCCACACUCCAGCCUGGGCAGUGCUGCUGUUUAAGUGUGAAGAGAUUCCUCUGUGUGCUAGAACCUGCAAAGUGUAGCUUGGAAAUGAUGAUCCGUGUGAUGAUGACUUUUCUGUCUUUCCUCUUCGAGAGGAGGUGAUUCAUAGACCCCCGACUGCGUAUGUAAUGUAAAUAGUGUACAUUUAAUUUAUUGCUAUGGUAGCACAUUGUACUUGUUAAUGUAUAAAAGAAAUUCUAAAAGGUUGACAAAUGUAUAUUUUGUUGCUUAAAUGUGUCUUUGCAGAAAUUGACAAUAAAUACGAUAUUUUGUGUC